GCGCACGCGUAUUCGGCGCCGAGCGGGCCUGAUAUAAUAUCCCCGCGCUCCCGGCAACCCUCUUGCACCUGGCCGGCUGUCCGAGAGGGUGCUGAACAGUUCUUGUCAGGAACACACACAGGGGACAGACAUGGCAGAGAAGCAAGUCGAGCAAUUCUACGCACCGCCACCCAAGCUCGGAAAAUGGGAAGCCUUUUCGAUCUUCUUAUGGAACCCCGAGACGCACCAAUUCCUCGGCCGCACCGGCGCUAGUUGGGCAAAAAUUCUCCUUUUCUACGUCCUGUUCUACACAUUUCUGGCUGGGUUUUUCUCCGCGAUGCUUGCCAUUUUCUACCAGACUCUGGACAUGAGGAUCCCGAAACGAGAGCUAGAUGGAUCCUUAAUCGGAGACAACCCAGGUCUGGGUUUCCGUCCAAUGCCUCCAGAGACAAACGUCGAGAGUACUCUAAUCUGGUACAAGGGAUCAGAUGAGAAUAACUAUAAAUAUUGGGUAGAAGAGCUUGACAAAUUUUUAGAGCCAUACAGAAAGCCUGGCCAAUCAGCAAGUAUAGGACAGAACAUUCAGACUUGCUCCUAUGACAAUGAGCCAGCUGAUGGGAAAGUCUGUGAAGUUGAUGUAAAUGAUUUUGCUCCUUGCACUGAGGCAAACAAUUAUAACUACCCCAAAUCUGCUCCAUGUAUAUUCCUUAAGCUGAAUAAGAUAUUUAACUGGAUGCCUGUGUUUUACAAUGACACUGACCUACCUGAAAAGAUGCCUCAAGAUCUAAAGGUUCAUAUUCGCGAGGAGAAAUUGCGGAAUCCAAGAACGAUCAACACAGUAUGGGUAAGCUGUGAAGGUGAAAAUCCAGCAGAUGUUGAGAAUAUUGGCCCCAUACAGUACAUCCCACGCCGAGGAUUUCCUGGAUACUUCUUUCCAUUCAAAAAUUAUGAGGGAUACCUAAGCCCGCUUGUUGCUGUUUUCUUUGAGAGGCCUGUCCAUGGUGUAUUGGUCAACAUUGAGUGCAAGGCCUGGGCUCAAAACAUUGUACAUGACAGAAUUGAAAGGCGAGGUUCAGUGCACUUUGAAUUAAUGGUUGACUAAAUGAAACUUUAUGGAGAUGAAUCAGUGUAAGUGUGACCUAGAAUGAGAGGAAAAGUGUCAUCAUGAAGAGAUUAAGUUUUCAACAGGAGAUACGUGUUGCAGUUACCAGCAAGGUGGAGAAAGGUCCUUCACUUCAUUGUUAUAAGUACUAGUACUUAUGUAGUACCAUGAAGUAAUAAUGUAGACAAAGUUAGAAAUGUCUGCUUUGGAAGUAAAAUUUUACAUUUCAGUUUAUUUUUACCAUCAUCAUCAGUGGUGAAGUAUCAUUUUGGAUAUUAUUGAUCAUGAAUGUGUUGUUUGUGAUGUUAUUUUUCUAAAGUAGUAAUGCUAUGGACUGCUGAUUGCUUACAGUUUCAUUAUAAAUAUUUGUAAAUAUAUAUUUGUUUCAGCACACUAUUUAUAUUCCAUUACAGUGGUACACAAAUGUUUUAUAUGUGUCAAUGAUACUUAAAUAGUUAUAGUGCAUAAAUGAGAUGAGAUGCUGAAUGUAUUUAUCUUAUUUUAAAUCAAGUGUAUGUACACAAUAUGAAUGUGUGAUUAAAAUAAAGUGUUAAAUUUGUGAUUCACUAAUGUUAAAUUGUUGCGUUGAUAUGUGUAAAUAAAACAUAUAAUGCUAAUGAAAUGUUUCAAAUGUAGAAUAACAUAAAGAAACUGCCUUUAAUAAUAGUAUUACUUUUAAUUGUUCAUUCCUGGUGGUGCGAUAUGUACAGAAAUACUGUAUGAUUCUUUUAAAAGAAUCUACUGUAUAAAUUUUGUAAGAUUGUCUUGGUAGUAAGUUCAUGUAAGACCUCAUACAAGGCUGCACACAAAAACCUGCUGCAAGGUACGAAGUUUAUUUUUGAUGCAUACCUGUUAGCUUAAAGAUAAGUAUGAAAGUGCAGUUCUAUUGUUACAAAUGAAGCAAACAGCUGAUUACCUUUGCAAAUGUGUAACCAAAACAAACACUUUGUUGUAAUAAAAUGAUAACACAGAAUGGAAAUUUAUUGUAAUGUUAUUGUUAUAUGAAAUUGGAAUGCUCCACAUUUACAUUCAGUAAACUAUAAUAUUUCUAAAUAAAUGUUUGAUUAGUAAAACAAUUUGCAGCUUUGAGUUGGUGUAGAUACCAACGCUUACAGUUGAUCCUUUUUUUUACAAUGUCACAGAGAUAAUUCUUUUGUAUGUGCUACAAGUAAUGAAGCUAUUUGAAAAAAAGUUCUUUAAAUCCUUUUGUAUGUACAUUGAGUUUAUGUUAGUCAUGAGUCUUUUAGUUGUAUGUAAUAAUUUUGGAGAAGCAGGAGAAAGGCUUAAUUUUCUUAUUGAAAAUAGAUAAAGUAUAUUCAUAGAUUUUCUUUAAGUAUGGCUCAAUGAAUUUUCCACGUGGUCUGGUUGAAGGAUGAGUUAUAAUUUAGUUAACUGAAAGUAGGAAUAUGAUGCUGUACCAAAACUUUGAUACUAUGCAUCUAAUGAA